AUGAUGGAAGACAAUAAGCAGCUCGCGCUCCGCAUCGAUGGGGCGGUCCAGUCGGCCAGCCAGGAGGUGACCAACCUGCGAGCCGAACUCACGGCCACCAACCGGAGACUGGCGGAAUUGAGCGGCGGAGGCGGCGGCCCCGGCUCGGGCCCGGGAGCUGCGACCAGCGCCUCGGCAGCAGCGGUGACGGUGGCUGACUCGGCGGUGGCGACCAUGGAGAACCAUCAGCACGGAGCUCAAGUGCUCCUGCGGGAGGAAGUGGUCCAGCUUCAGGAGGAAGUACACCUUCUCCGGCAGAUGAAGGAAAUGCUGGCGAAGGACCUGGAGGAGUCACAGGGCGGCAAAUGCUCCGAGGUCCUCUCAGCCACUGAGCUCCGGGUGCAGCUGGUACAGAAGGAGCAGGAACUGGCCAGAGCCAAAGAGGCCUUGCAAGCCAUGAAAGCUGACCGGAAGCGCUUAAAGGGCGAGAAGACCGACCUGGUGAGCCAGAUGCAGCAGCUUUACGCCACGCUGGAGAGCCGCGAGGAGCAGCUGCGAGACUUUAUCCGCAACUAUGAGCAGCACCGUAAGGAGAGUGAGGAUGCUGUCAAAGCGCUGGCCAAGGAGAAGGAUCUGCUGGAGCGAGAGAAAUGGGAGCUUCGAAGGCAGGCCAAGGAGGCCACGGACCAUGCCUCGGCCCUGCGCUCCCAGCUGGACCUCAAGGACAACCGCAUGAAGGAGCUGGAGGCCGAGCUAGCCAUGGCCAAGCAGUCCUUAGCCACACUGACCAAGGAUGUUCCCAAGAGGCAUUCACUCGCCAUGCCUGGCGAGACGGUGCUCAACGGUAACCAGGAAUGGGUGGUGCAGGCUGACCUCCCACUGACGGCUGCCAUCCGGCAGAGCCAACAGACACUCUACCACUCCCACCCUCCCCACCCUGCAGACCGGCAAGCGGUCAGGGUGAGCCCCUGCCACUCAAGACAGCCCUCCGUCAUCUCCGAUGCUUCGGCUGCUGAAGGCGACCGGUCAUCUACACCGAGCGACAUCAACUCCCCAAGACACCGGACACACUCCCUCUGCAACGGCGACAGUCCCGGCCCAGUUCAGAAGAGCCUGCACAACCCUAUUGUACAGUCACUAGAGGAUCUUGAAGACCAAAAACGGAAAAAGAAGAAGGAGAAGAUGGGAUUUGGCUCCAUCUCUCGAGUCUUCGCCAGAGGGAAGCAACGGAAGUCUCUCGACCCGGGCCUCUUUGAUGACUCCGACAGCCAGUGCAGCCCCACACGCCACAGCCUCAGCCUGUCUGAGGGGGAGGAGCAGAUGGACCGUCUACAGCACGUGGAGCUGGUGAGGACCACGCCCAUGUCCCACUGGAAGGCUGGCACCGUACAGGCCUGGCUGGAGGUGGUGAUGGCCAUGCCCAUGUACGUCAAAGCCUGUGCGGAGAAUGUCAAGAGUGGGAAGGUGCUCCUCAGCCUGAGUGACGAGGACCUGGAGUUGGGCCUAGGCGUGUGCAGUUCCUUGCACAGGCGGAAGCUCCGCCUGGCCAUUGAGGACUACCGCGAUGCCGAGGCCGGCCGCAGCCUGUCCAAAGCGGCUGACCUGGACCAUCACUGGGUGGCCAAGGCCUGGCUGAACGACAUUGGCCUGUCCCAGUAUUCCCAGGCCUUCCAGAACCACCUGGUUGACGGGAGGAUGCUGAACUCACUGAUGAAGCGGGAUCUGGAGAAGCACCUGAACGUAUCCAAGAAGUUCCACCAAGUUAGCAUCUUGCUGGGAAUCGAGCUGCUGUACCAAGUGAACUUCAGCAGGGAGGCUCUCCAGGAGCGCCGAGCCCGCUGUGAAACACAGAAUACAGACCCUGUAGUCUGGACCAACCAGCGGGUGCUCAAGUGGGUUCGCGAUAUCGACCUGAAGGAAUACGCAGACAACCUGACCAACAGCGGUGUCCACGGUGCUGUGCUGGUCCUGGAGCCCACGUUCAACGCCGAGGCCAUGGCCACCGCCCUGGGCAUCCCUAGCGGGAAGCAUAUCCUCAGGAGACACCUGGCAGAGGAAAUGAGCACCAUCUUCCAUCCGGCCAACUCCACAGGCAUUCGGGAUUCUGAGCGCUUUGGGACACCACCUGGCAGGGCCUCCAGCAUCACCAGAGCUGGGAAAGAGGACAGCUGUGGCAACAGCAAGUACAGAGCUGGCCGGCUGCCCCUGGGGAAGAUAGGAAGGGGCUUCAGCAGCAAAGAGGCCGAUUUCCAUGAUGACUAUGGCUCGCUUGAGAACGAGGACUGUGGGGAUGAGGACCUCCAAGGCAGGCCCGAACAGUGCCGUCUGGAGGGAUACAGCAGCCUGGAGGUCACCAACGUGUAA